AUGUCCCAGGCCUUGGAAGCCACCUGUGGGCCUGAGAAGGUGACUGCAUUGGUGCUGGCCCCCAAACUCUACACUGACCAACAGGGGCACAUUCCUAGGAGACUCAAGAAGAAUAUUUCAGGGAGGCCUGCCACAGUGAAGACUUUCAUUCUGGCACCUCGUGACCCUUCAGAACCAUCCCCUGCUCCCUGCCCCCAGGCCCCUUCUGGAUGCAGUCAAAGGGGCCAACGCUGCAUCUCCUGGUCUUAUGUGCUAGUACCACUACAGCAGCCUGGGACAUACUCAGUGAAAAACCUCGAGGAGCCUGAAGAGGUCCAGGUGUUUGACACUGACUACACUGCCUUCGCUCUGAUGUUCUCCAAACGACAGCUAACCAAUCAGUUCAUCCUCAGAAUCCACCUGCUGAGCAGGAGCUGGGCCAUCAAGACCAAGGUGAUGAACAAGUUCAUCUGCCUGGCCAAGGACAAGAUGCUCUCCAAAGACCACGUUGUUUUCCCAAACCUCAGAGCCAGCACAUGGGCACAUGCCAACUGCACAUUUCCUUAGACAUGAAAGCCAAGUGCCUCCUUACAGCACCUCGGACCAGACCCCUGCCCUCCUUGGGCGCCUCGGUGGCAGUCACAGCCCUGCAGCUGUUUGGAGACAUAGUGUGGCAUUGGGAUCAGCUGAACUGGGUGCCACAGGCCCCCAGAAGACCUCUCUUAGAAUCGCCUGAGGUCCUGGUGGGUGCUGAGAUGUGUUCCUCUUAUCACCCUCAGGACAAGCUUGAAUGGAACUUAUCUUGUUUAUUACUGAUAAAAUAUCAU